AUGGUUGCCUGGGUUGUACUGCUGGGACUUUGCGAGCUCCCAAAAUGGAUCCUAGGCCAAGCGCUUCCCCUUUACGACGGUUCAUUUUAUGCAUCUGGCGAAAUCUUUCGAGAAGACUUUGUUGUUGAAGAAGAAAAUAAAUUGAAGGAGACCAGUAUUUUCGAAGAAAUUUACGACGCCGUUAAUCGGAAAGUUGCUCUUCGCAUUUUGAAGGCUGAUGAUAUCAUCACGUUUUUUUACGACAUAAACCUCAAAAAGAAAUAUGUCAUUCGCAGUUUUGAAAACGUGACAACAUGUGAAAAACCGCCAAAUGAAGACUGGGACCCAAACAAGCAAAAAAACGUUCUGUCGAUACUCUAUGGACCUGAUGAGAGGAAAUACAGUUUUUUGCGAGAUGUUCUGACUCUCAGACGAAUGGCAAGCGUGAAAACCAGAGAUGUCUAUGACGUGCGAGGCAUGUCUUCUAGGGUGUUCGGCUUUAAUUUCUCCAUGUUUGAAAAACCAGGUGCACCUGAGGUCUUUCUUAGACCGGUGGUUAUAUGGACUUUAAACGAAACACACCCGGACUUAAAAACUCCUGGUCAGACCACACCAGCACCGAUACUUACGUCAACCAGAUUUCCAUCUGAUAUUACUGACUUAAAAAAAGCGAUGGAUACAUCUGCAACUGAAACGCUCGCCGUUCCUUGGGAGGUCCAUUACUCUUUUGCUAUAGGUCCCAACAGAAAAGAGACAAUGAAGACUAGAAUUUUCAACUUUGACUUUAUACGUGAGGUAGGGAGGCACGAAAUUCUUGAGGUUCCGGACGGCCUUUAUUGCGCUGAUUAUUAUAGAAAAAAUGUCACCAAGCCUGCUGUGACCAAUAUAAAAGCAUUUCGUUAUUCAGCACGAGUAUGGAAUACGGCAACAAGGCAACACAGUCUGAUCAAAGGGCAAUUCGAUGUUAUUAAAAAAGUUUGGAGGUUCGAGUACACACCUUGGAACACGAAUGAUCCGAAAUCCCGGAAACGGAAAGAUCUGGAGACGCUGACCAUUAUUGUAGAUGCUUUGAACGAGCGUGUUUUCGAAAUUUCAAAAGAAAGCUCAGUCUGCCGGAUAAUAUCACUUGAAAGUCUUCCAUUUGACCUGCAAAUGAUUAUUGAACCAAACAAAAUUAAGACCAUGACUGCGAAUACUUUUUUCUAUGGUCCCCAUCAAUCUUCCUCAUUGAACUACGCAAAGUUCACGUAUCGGGGAGGAGUACCGUGUCACCUCUGGAGCAUGGACCGUCUAGGUUGGCCUCCUGGAUUCUCACACAUCAGGACACGCUGGCAAUGGUGCUUUGUUAACAAGGAUUUUUACGAUCCUUCCUAUCAAAGUGAUUCUUCUUACCCCGUCAGUUUGGACAUUUACAUUCUUGAGGCAUUGCAUAAGUGGGGCAAAAUCGAUCAUCGUCAAGGGCACGUCUUUUCAUUUCAAUUUUACGAUGUAAACACAGCACUGGAUGCUUUUGAGCAAACACGAGGUUUCGACACCUCACCUUGCUUUAAAAUGAACGAAAGAAAAACAUUGCAUUUGACACUUGCGUCGUAUGUGCCUCCGGAUAUCACAAGGAAAUCACAAUUUCUGUAUAAUUUCUACAAUUCAAUCGUGAUUUUUGGAGGCAAUUUGAAGAAUCUUUACUUAUAUCUCAACCAUUUUCAAGUGCACCAAAGUGACAAAAACGAGACAUUUCUGGAGAUGACAAUUUUUGGGAGUCUUGGCGAACCGAGGAGUAUUUUUUCUUCUCUAAGUAUUCCAAAUAUUACAUCCGUUAUGGAAAAACUUUCCUGGCGUGUGAGGACAAAACAGCUGGGAUUUAUAUCCGAUGAGAGCAGACUGAAGCGAAUACUCCCAGAUCAAAGUAAUUCCAUGGGUCAUAACAAUAACAAAAAUGUCAAAACAUGA